AUGGCCGACGAGAGGAAAUUCAGUGAGUUGGAGCUGACGAAGCAGAAUAUUGUCGAUUCAAUGGCUUUGUUGGAAUAUUAUGCGAAGGAGUUCGACAAGGACAGUAAGUUUGCGGGCCAAGUAGAAGCGUGGGCGGAAAAGUUGGAGAAAUUUUACGACGAGUUUCACCGGACGGUGGUGAAAUUGGAGAUGUUUUCCACCGAUAAGGAGCCAAUCGACCUGAAAAAGGAACGGCAGUUGUUCGACGGUCGCUAUUAUGCUCUUCGGUCCUUCUACUUGGCCAAACUGGCGAAGAAAAUACGUUCUUCCCCUUCUGCCAACCCCGCACCAUCGAGACCAAUGAACAUCAGGCUUCCGGAGCUUAACCUACCCAAGUUUAGCGGUAAGUUGGAAGACUGGUGUGUUUUUCGCGAUUCGUUUGAAUCCGCUGUAGGUUCCCGGAGCGACAUCAGUGCGGUCGAGAAAAUGCACUAUCUGAAGGGCCUCGUUCAAGGAGAGGCAGCGCGCAUUCUCGACCCUAUCAAAAUAAGCGAACAGGGCUACAAGGACGCUUGGCGAACGUUGCGGCUGCGUUUUGAGAACAACCGGCAGUUAAUCAAGUGUCACAUUCGGACGCUUUUCGACACUCCAACAAUGCGCAAGGAAUCAGCUGAAGAUCUGCUUGCGCUGAUCGAUCGCUUCGAGCAGCAGAUCUCCGUUCUGAAAAGCUUGGGUGAACCAGCAGACCGAUGGAGCUCUAUCCUGGUUUACCAGCUAUCUAUACGCCUCGAUCCUUGUACGCUCCGGGAAUGGGAGAACCACUGUAGCAAACUCGAUGCUGACAACAUCGCUUCAGUUCUGGGAGGAACCGCCGGCACAUCAGAGGACACAAGCACUGGUGCGUCAACUUCAAUGCCAUCAUACGUGACGAUGGUAAACUUCCUCCAGAACUACGCUCGAGUUUUGCAAGCAGUUUCUUCAGCCACUUCGAACACCGCUCCUCCUCGCAGCAAGCCAAAUCCGACAUCCAAGCUAGCAGCUUUUCCAGUCGCAGCUACACAGCAAACUGCAGUAUCCAGUGCACCCUCUUCCAGCGCCAGCAAGCCGAAGCCGUGCGACAAGUGCGGUGAGAGCCAUUACCUGUACAGCUGUCCGGAAUUUCGGAAACUCAACCUUCGCCAACGGAUCGACCUGGUAAGACAGAAAAACCUUUGCAUUAACUGUUUGAGAUCGAGUUCCCAUUAUGCCCGGAACUGUUCUGGGUCAAGAUGCCGUACAUGUACCAAGAAGCACCACACGCUUCUUCAUACUGAGCCCUCUGACGACAAUCCCGCUUCUGGUCAAGCCACCGGAUCAACUUGCUGUGUUGCCCUCCAGCCGACUCUCACCGCAGCAUCUGCGCUGCAUGCUCCAAACUCACUGUCACCCCAGUCUGUUUCGCAAGCUCCCAUCCAGCAACCGUCUACCUCUACCUCAAUCGCAAACUUAUCCCACAUUCAUGCGCCUUCCAUGAGUUCUCAGACAGCCCUCGUAUCACAUACUGGUGAAGUGAUUCCUGGAACCGUUUUCCUUCCGACUGCGCUAGUGAAUAUCCGUAACGGUAGAGGUCGCAUCGUUACUGCUCGUUGCUUGCUGGACUGUGCUUCCCAACGCAACUUUGUUUCUGGGGCUCUUUGCGAACGACUGCAGCUUCCUCGCAUCCGAUUGCCGCAUGCUAUCCCGAUAAGCGGAAUCGGAAACACUACAACGCUGGUUGAAUACCAGGCCACGAUAACCAUCUUCUCUCGAGUCACUCCCUUCUCCGUACAAUGCUCCAUGCUCGUUCUGCCUUCCAUUACCGUCAAGCUGCCCCAGUCGACGGUAGAAGCCCGCCACUGGCCGAUUCCAAAGCACGUGGAGCUUGCAGAUCCAACAUUCGCUGUUGCUGGCGACAUCGACAUGAUUCUGGGUGCCGCCCAUUUCUUCCAAAUUCUUCGAUACGGCAGGAUAUCGCUCGGGGAAGAGUUACCGCUUCUGCAGAAUACAGAGUUCGGUUGGGUCGUCUCCGGAGAGUGUUUAUUGGAAAACCACGAUCACAGCGAUCCACGCAAGUGCCAGUUCAGUAAUCCCUGCACAAUCGAUGAAUUGGUCAACCGAUUCUGGCAGCUCGAAGAAGUCCACGAUGCAAAGGGAUGGUCUCCGUCGGAACGAUACUGUGAGGAACAUUUCUUGAAGAACACCACCCGCAACUCCGAAGGCCGCUACGUCGUCAAGCUGCCCAAGCGUGACGAGCUGCUUUGGCAGUUAAAGGACAACAAAUACAACGCCACCCGCCGCUUCUUCUCUCUAGAACGCUCACUCGGUGCGAGUCCCGAUAAGAAGGCGAUGUAUCAGCAGUUCAUCCACGAGUACGUGAGAUUGGGACAUAUGCGGGAGAUUGGCCCCGAUGAAAUCGACGCGCAACCGCAAUACUACCUUCCACACCACGCUGUGAUGAAACUCGACAGCACCACUACAAAGCUUCGUACCGUAUUCGACGCAUCAUGCCGCUCGAAGUCCGGUAUCUCGCUGAACGAUGUCCUGCUUCCUGGUCCCACAAUCCAGGACACUCUCGUGACGAUUGUCCUCCGUUUUCGAAUCCACCAGUUCGUGAUAUCUGCGGACAUUGAAAAAAUGUACCGGCAGAUUUUGGUCCAUCCCACCGACCAACCGCUGCAGCGAAUUCUCUGGCGCGACGAUCCCGAGGCUCCACUGAAGAGCUACCAGCUCCGCACCGUCACAUACGGCACAAGCAGUGCUCCAUUUUUGGCAACUAGGGUGCUGCAGAAGCUCGCCGAUGAUGAAGGGCAACAUUUUCCGCUGGCGGAACCCGCUGCCCGCCACGACUUCUACGUCGACAAUUUGCUGUCUGGUUCUGACGAUGCUGAAUCUCUCGCCGUUACCUGCAACCAGCUCAUUGCAAUGCUCGCAGGCGCAGGACUUCCUCUCCGGCAAUGGUCUUCGAAUUGUCAAGCUAUUCUUGAUACCAUUCCGUUGGAGCUCCGAGAGACGAAAACACUACUCGAUUUGGACCACGAGUCCUCCGUGACUGCACUUGGCCUCCGCUGGGAACCGUCGACCGAUUUUCUUUCGCUCAAGACGCCGAAUUGGAAGGAAUGCACGGUUCUGAACAAACGAACGAUCCUCUCUCAGAUCAGCAGCCUUUUCGACCCCUUAGGUUUGAUUGGACCGACCAUUGCAAAGGCGAAAAUCAUGCUGCAGAGUCUUUGGAAACUCCAUCUCGACUGGGACACACCCGUGGCUAACGGAUUCGCUCACGCAUGGCAGGAAUUUCACCAGAAGCUUUCAGCACUUGCCCACCUUCGAGUUUUUCGCCAUGUGUUACGUCCGGGUUACGACCGCUUGGAGAUUCACGGGUUCAGCGACGCUUCAGAGUCUGCAUAUGGCGCAUGCAUCUAUCUCCGGUCAAUACCAUCUAUCUCCGGUCAAUAA